AUUAACGGGCAGUCAGCCGGUCUCUUUCUGCCUUUUAAAAAGCAGCCGACUCAGACCCUCAGCAGGAUUCUGACAGACGCUCAAACAAGAUUUCAGGAAGAAUGUCUUCUGCUACACUUUGUGCUGUUGUUCUGCUGCUUUGUGCUUUGACAUUCAGUGCUGCUCAGUCGAGCUGCAAAGGACGAUGUGGUUCUGGGUACUACAGGGGCAACAUGUGCCAGUGUGAUUACAACUGUCUGUCUUAUGGAGAGUGCUGCAAAGACUUUGAGUCUCAGUGCACAACAAGCGACUCUUGUAAAGGUCGUUGUGGAGAGGGUUUUAAAAGAGGCCGGCUGUGUAACUGCGACAGCGACUGUGAGAAGUACAAACAGUGUUGCUCAGACUUCAGCAACCACUGCGAUGCAUUAGAGCCACCUCAAGGUGACGCAACAGAUCUGUCGUCAACAUUCAGCGAGGGAGACAAUACAGAUGACCAUCUUAUUCCCCUGGUCAGUCCAACAUCAUAUCCACAAGAUGAUCUCAAUGAUGAUAUUUUUCCCAAUGACGAAUAUUCCGACGAUGCAGUUGGCGACCUGGAAACCACUCCAAUCCCAGAGAGCACUAGCGGCUAUGGAUCGUCUACAGCUGGCCCUCUGGAUCAACUUCCCACCGAACCCACCCAGAAUCCAGACACUGUAGAGACCACUACAGAGACAGUGACAGUAGACGCUCUAAUAAAGACGACUCUUGCUGAUAAUGAGCCGACACAGGCAGAUAGCAGUCCUUCCACCAUACCCCCAACCAUGGGUGAAGUCUCCACUAUCAGUACAGAUGCCGGAGAUCCCACCAGCUCAGGAACAACUCCCCCUCAGCCUACAACAGCAGCUGUCAGCAGCCUGCCUGUCGCAAACUCAGAGCACCCGAGAGGGGAUUCUCCUGGCCCCAACAGUCCAGAGCCUGUGCCAGAAGUCACAUCUAAGGGUGCUGUUUCUCUUGAGGGACAGAAUACAGAUCCCACUGUAAUCUCCACCAAUGAACCAGAGGAUACAACCCUACCCCUAAAAACAACCUACAACCCCACUGAGGCUUCAGUGUCCACAGUAACCACACAGGACCCAACACCCAUACCAACGACAGCCACUUUAGCCCUCGGACCAGAUGUAGACAACAAAGAGGAUGUCGCAACAGAACUGCCAACAUCUCUGCCAGACCUUGAGGAUCCUUCUAUCGGGGUAACUCCUUCCGACUCCAGGAAACCGUCUGAGCCUGAUGCCUUGACAACCAACAUCCCAACAUCCACAGAGGCAUCUCGGGAUGUCGCUACAGAAGAUGUUACACAAGCAAGACCCACAGCAGAUCCACUAAAUGUCCCUGAAGACCCACCCAAACCCACACGCUUAGAAGAAACAUCAAAACCCCAGGACAAGCCAGACCUGUUGAAGCCAAAGCCAGUUAAACCAAUAGCAGCUAAACCCAGCUCCAAACCUGAGACCAAGCCUCUGGAUCCUGCACAAACUCUCAACGUGGACAAUCCUCGGGACUACCAAGCCGAUGACAGCAACGACACAAAUCUGUGCAGUGGGCGGCCAGUCAGUGGAGUCACCACCCUGAGGAAUGGCACAAUAGUGGUUUUCAGAGGACACUACUUCUGGUUUCUGGACAGAAACAGGAUACCUGGUCAGGCCCAAGACAUCACACAAGUGUGGGGCGUCCCCUCCCCUAUCGACACUGUGUUCACCCGCUGUAACUGCCAGGGCAAAACAUACAUUUUCAGGGGACCGCAGUACUGGAGAUAUGAAAAUAUUUUGGACCCUGGCUAUCCAAAGGUCGUUGAAACAGGCUUCGAUGGGCUUCGUGGCCACAUCACAGCGGCUCUGUCCGUGCCUCAGUACCAGAGGAGGAGAGAGUCCGUUUACUUCUUCAAGAGAGGGGGAAAUGUUCAGAAAUAUUCCUACCAGUUUGGCACAAGUCCAAAGUGUGGCAGAAAACCACAGCAUGCCAUUUACACAGUCAGCAACCGGUUUGUCCGACAAGCAGUGUCUGCUCUUGGGGCAACCAUCAACAUCCGUACGUCAUGGAGAGGUUUCCCCCCGACCAUCACAGCUGCUGUUUCCAUCCCGAGCAACAGAGAACCAGAGGGAUACAAAUACUACGUCGUCUCAAGAUCCAAAUCCUACAAAGUGAGGAUGGACACUGGGCGUCCUGAAAUCCCCGCUCCUGCAGCCAACACGUCACCCCAGAGCAACAACAUCUUCAAGUGCCCAAAGAAAUUGUGAUUGAAGGAAAAUAUACUUUCUUGUAGGUUUAAAGUUUAUUCAAUUCUUCAUAAAACACAAUGCUUCAGCAUGGACUGAUUACAAAACGUACUUUUCAA